AUGUCUGCUGCUAAGUGUUUGGUGUCUCUGAUGGCGGUGCUUGUGGCUGCAGUGUGUGUGGUUCAUGCACAGGAGAGGAUCAAGAUGUGUGGGAGAGAGCUGAUACGUCUGGCCGUCUCAUCCUGUGGUAACUCACGGCUAAGGAGAAGCACCCCGGACGUAGAACUGGGCCAACAUCAGCUCACUCCUCGCUGGGACGGUGACACCUCCACAGAAGAGCACCGGGCUACUGAGACGAUCCACAUCCCUCCAGAGUCUGGUGAGAAGGCUGUCUUCUCCCCAGUUCCUCACUGGUACCCUCUGUCCUCUCGGAUCAGGCGAGCUGCUGGAAGAAUAUCUGACAUUUGCUGCGAGAAAGGAUGCAGCAUGAAAGAGCUGAUACAGUUUUGCUAG